CCACGACUGCCACCCCUCCUCUUCCUUGUGAUCUCCGAAUACCCAUCUCAGAUUCCAAGGGCCGCGCCGUGUAAUCCCCGGCUCUCCCCACCCACCAUAUAUCUAGUAUCCGCGCCUCAAAUCCCUCGCGAAACGCCCCGCCGUAAGCAGUUGUUGUCUGCCGUGAUUUGAGCCGGGCGGACGGAUUGAUCCCGGGACGAGGUGUCUCAGCUCUUGAUCUUGAUCCUGAUCCUGGGAGGCGUUCCUGGUUUAUUGGUGGGAGCGAAGAAGCCAUGAUACCUUCCGUGAGGCUCUCUCCUGGUCCUGCAGCCUUCUCAGGCUCCAGCCUACGCUCAAAAUUACCGUCAAUUCCAUCCAUCUCCAGUCUCAAACCCUCCAAAUAUGUGGUCUCCUCGCUGAAACCACUCUACCUAGCACCGCUAGAUGGUCCGCGCACUGCCGAGCUUAAGUCUCGGAGACAGCCACUUGAGUUCCGUUGUUCUGCUUCUGCUGCUGAUGACAAGGAGUCAAAGACUCAGGUGGUGCCAGUUCAGUCGGAAGGCGCACAGAGGUUGAAGAUCUCCAUCUAUUUCGCCACCUGGUGGGCGCUUAAUGUGAUAUUUAACAUUUACAACAAGAAGGUUCUCAAUGCAUUCCCUUACCCCUGGCUCACCUCCACACUCUCCCUCGCCUGUGGCUCUGCUAUGAUGCUUUUCUCGUGGGCCACCCGUCUUGUUGAGGCCCCUAAGACCGACCUGGACUUCUGGAAAGUUCUUUUCCCGGUUGCUGUGGCGCAUACAAUUGGCCAUGUUGCUGCUACAGUGAGCAUGUCUAAGGUGGCAGUGUCAUUCACACACAUAAUUAAAAGCGCAGAACCUGCAUUCAGUGUUUUGGUGUCAAGGUUCUUCCUUGGGGAGACGUUUCCAAUUCCAGUAUAUCUUUCUCUUCUUCCAAUCAUUGGUGGUUGUGCUCUAGCUGCUGUCACAGAGCUGAACUUUAAUAUGGUUGGAUUUAUGGGUGCCAUGAUAUCCAACCUUGCAUUUGUUUUCCGCAACAUCUUCUCGAAGAGGGGCAUGAAGGGGAAGUCCGUCAGUGGCAUGAAUUACUACGCUUGCCUGUCAAUUAUGUCCCUGGUCAUACUGACUCCAUUUGCUAUAGCUAUGGAAGGCCCUCAAAUGUGGGCUGCUGGUUGGCAAAAGGCUCUUGCAGAAGUUGGACCCAAUGUUGUCUGGUGGAUUGCUGCACAGAGCGUGUUCUACCACUUAUAUAACCAGGUGUCCUACAUGUCUCUCGAUCAGAUUUCUCCAUUGACAUUCAGCAUUGGCAAUACAAUGAAGCGUAUAUCAGUGAUUGUUUCAUCAAUCAUUAUCUUCCACACUCCUGUCCGCGCUGUCAAUGCACUGGGAGCUGCCAUUGCCAUCCUUGGCACAUUCCUGUACUCUCAGGCAAAGGCGUGAGGCGGGCCAUGAUGACGAACGUCUGCAGAAUCAGUAGCAAGCACUAAAUCCAAUUUUGCUUGUUCCAGUGGCAUGUAGAUAUCGGGUUAGUUUUCCGUAUGAGAGUUUGUAAUAAUGGAUGAAUGGCUCUGCUGUUUCGUUCUUGUUUGUUGGCCAGACUCAAAUCCAUAGGCCAUGAACUGCGGUCGAGUGUACCUGAAUAAUACUGUAACGGA